AUGUCUUCCACCUCUCCCCGUGAUCCCACGCGUCUUCGCCAUGCCCUUCAUCCGCUCUCAACCACGUCCUUAGCGGGCUACGGUAACCAGCUCGUCUCGCCCAUAUCCGCUGUGUCCAUGGCUUCCUCUCAUGUCCAGACGAUACACACGCCUGGCAGCGCCAUCUUGCCGUAUAAUCCGCAGGAAUGGGUAGCAUCGCCAGCCGCCAUGGCAGCGACAGAGCGACCUCUGCAGUUUGUGGGCAGUGAAGCUCAGGCUUCACCAUCAAACCCGCCUCCGCCUCCGCCAUACACUCCUAGGAGAAGCAUGCAGCAACCUCGUCCCGUCAGUAUGGCUUUCGACUACGUACCGGCGCAAGUGGCCGCCCCUGCUGCUUCACGCUUCUCUAACAUGCUGGGCCACCGGCCCUCUCCCGAGCCGCCAGCUGCUGCUACCCGCUCAUUCCCUCCCCCGCCGGGUGCGAGUGGUAGGGGAAGUUCUCGAGAGCGUCUCUUUGCACUGGCAUCUUUGGGAAGACGGAGAGAUACCGAAUCAGCCAGCUCCCCAGAGCCGAUGCCCGCGUCCAGACGGAGCGUUGGGCCUGCCCUGUUCCAUGCCAUGGAGCAAGAACGAGCCGCAGCUUCAUCUGCUAUCAACGUCGACGCAUUUCCCCCGGCAUCUCGUAGAGCUGCCUCCACAGGCGCCAUCGAUACGCCGACGUCUGCCCGCUCACGGUCUACUUCUCAGACGAGGUGGGAACCUGGCAUGCCACUCCCUCCGCCUCCGCCUGGGCCACCUCCGCCGCCUUCGUCGAGCAGAUCACAAAGCGUACAGGGCAUGGACAGGAACAAUGUGCCCAUCAUUUCCCCACCAACUCGCAGGCCUCCCCCUUCCGGUAUAUCGUCUCUGGGACCCGUUCCCCCAACGCCCGCCGACUGGGUUGACAGUGACACGCCGCCUGCCGCUCGGCCUCAGACCCAAGUAUCCUCUGCGCAGUUACAUCCUCUCGCGUCCGUCCAGACCGGCGAGUCUUCACGACAAAUGCAGCUACCGCAGCCCACCCAGCCAGCAAAAGGGCGGUCCCCUAACCUGACAAUUGAUACGACGAGCGCGAGCAAUCCUAGCGAGCCCAUAGAGCCCCCCCUGAAUUCUUCGGGCAGCGCAAGUGGCUUGAAUCGUGCCAAGGCUGUGCGCCAUGACAAGACCAUUCUCCAGAGGAGAAGCGAGAGUCGCUCUCGACAUGAAUCUAGGGGAUCCAUUGACAGCACCUUACAGGGACAGCAUAUUGCCGACAUUAUUGUUCCCCCGGCCGGUGGCCUGGCUCGUAAGCUUACUGUUGGCAAGACAACUCCCCGGAGCGCUGGGAAAGCCCCCAUGGACCAACCUCUUACUGGGGAAUCGUCGAAUUCUCGUAAUUCGACACCUCGGGCACCGGAUUCGGCCACACUGUUGCACCACGAAGCAGCCACGCCACCGUUUUCGCCAACACCGGGCAAAGCCUACCGACAACGCGGCGGAAGCCAAGGCGCUGUGCCAAAAUCUCUCCCGACUCCGCCGCCUCAAACCAGGUCUGCCUCUGGAUCGAUGAUUGCUGAGGCAUCACGCCUCUCAACGUCCAUGGCGGCGUCGCCAUCUAAAGAAGUGAUUGUGAACCAGAGCGCUGCCGAAUUCGCAACUGGCACCAUCGAACGGUUUCGAUUAUUUGCGAUUAAAGAAGCCUCGGCUGCCACAGACGCAGACCGAGUCCGUCUCUUUUCAGAUUUCAUAGUCGCCGAGUCCAGGAUUCGACGUGAGAGAUACUCAUCAGCUAUUGGCGCUAUGGGAUCCGAGAUCUUCGAUUUGAGCCGUGAUCUAUUUCGCCCAAUGAACGCUGCCCGGCGAGAGUCGAUGAAUUCACAGUCUCUGGGCGAUUGGACUCCGGAGUCUUCGGAACCAAACCGAUCCCACAGAGGGUCUGUCAGUUCUGUCCAUCAGGCUGACGACUCAUCGAGCUCGGCCCCGGCAUCUGGCAGCCUCCCAUCUGGUAGUCUCCCACCUUCUCCUGGGAUAAAGCAACCUCUUAACUGGGGCGGCACCGCAAAUUAUAUGCCCUCGCUCUCCCCCAUCCUUAGCAUGAGCGUGAGUGACAACCACGAGAAUAGCUCACGUGGGAGACCCCCCAGUCGAUGGUGGGAGACGGAUUCGAAUGGUGACCCGAAUCGUGGUGGUUUUGAGAGAUCCAAACGUGAGUCCAAGUACAUGGGUGUUCCCAAAGACCAGUGGAUCGAAGAUGAGCAGAAUACUCCGCAUUAUGCGACUAUAAGCGAGCAAGGCUCUUCGUCAGAGUAUCCUCCGGAAAAGACAGGCUGGCAUGACCAGGGAGAGGCGGUAUGGACUCCUCAGCCCUCAAACACCUCGGUGGCCUCUACCCCGUCGACAGCGACAAACAGGCAUGGGCUUUUGGAUGUUUCCAGAUUGGUCACCAUGCCACCCCCUUACCCAAGGCAUCACCCUGCGGUGAAUAAUAACCACCCUGAGCUGACAUCGAUCCGUACCUCCGUACGAUCUUUGAGCGAGUUGGCGGAUAUUGAGGGAUCAAAAGAGAGAUUUGCUUCUAGCAGCCUCCGGCGCCGAGAGGAGGCUACCAAGGCAGCAGGAGAGCGUCGCCUCGCGCUGAGAUCCAACUUGCAGAAAGAAAUCAAUUCGGGAAAUUUGGGAUACGCUGAUGCCGCGGCGAUUGAAUCCGACUUUAACGAACAAGAGAAGGAUAAGAAGAAGGAGAUUGAGAAGCUGGAAUACGAGCAUUUUCAAAACCAAGUGGUACUGCCGUUGAACGACAUUCUGACGGAGCGAAUCACUCGAGCGACAGAGCUAUUCGAUGAUCUAGCACGGCACUUAUUCGAUAGUAGCGAGAUCGAUGCCGAUAUGCCCCAAGAAGAAGGCGACGAUAAGCCCGAGCUAUUAGAGAAACUGACUCUCCUCAAAUGGAUCUUUGAGCAGCGCGAGUCUUUGCACCGGGCCAUCUACGACUUGCUAUCCGACCGCAAUGCCCGCUACCGUGACGUUGUGCUGACACCAUAUCGACUAUCUGGCAACACAGAGAAGCUCAAGUCGGCUGAGGCAUUUUUCAGAGAGGACGCAGACAAGCGAGAAUACGCGUAUGCCAACGAGGUGCUAAAUCGGGCGCGUGAAUUCAGGUCCGUGAUGGAAGAGGCAGUUGCGCGUGGCAUCGAACUACAGCUUUCGGCGUUUUGGGAUAUUGCACCGCCGCUUUGCGGUCUUUUGGAUACUAUCCCGAUGGAUCUGGAAGAUUUUGGUGUUCAAAUCCCGGCUUCAGAGUACGAGGAGAACCCGGCGUAUCACGAUCACCCGCUGCAGUACCUUUACAGCCUGCUGCUCCAUGCCGAGAAGAGUACCUAUCAGUUCAUCGAGGCGCACACAAACCAGCUGUGUCUUCUUCAUGAGGUCAAGGAGGCUGUUGUGAAUGCCAAAGCUAGGGUACUUGCGACGCAGCUUGCCGAAGCAGACGGCACACCGAUCCGACCUGAGGACCGAGAGCUGCGGGCGAAGCAGAUGCGAGAGGUGGAGAAUCGCCGGCUGACGGAGGAUCUCAAAGAAAAAGUACGGGUUGUACAGGACCAGUGGAACAGCUCACUGGGAACAGCCAUGGCGGCAGUGAAGCAGCGGGCUGGCGAAUGGCUGCUGCAGACGGGAGGAUGGGACGAGUCCCUAGAAGAUAACGGAGUUGGCGUGGUGUGA